AUGAUUGAAAACAUUCAAAAUAUAUAUGUUCGAGAUACUGAAACAAGAUUAAACCCAAAACCACAUAUAGUUUAUAAAGUAGAAGUAAAUGCAGCAGUCAGAACUUGGUCGGUUUGGAAGCGGUAUAGUGAGUUUGAUGAAUUAAAUGAUAAACUUAUAAGACUUUUUCCAAGUAAUCCACCACCAUUCGAAAUGCCGGCUAAACAUUAUUUUCAGUCCACUCUCGGAAAUCCAGUAUUAGUAGAAGAAAGACGUAGAGGGUUAGAAGAUUAUUUGAGAGGUAUACUCUUUCAUAAAGAUGAUCGUUAUAGAGAAACCGAUGAAUGGAGAGAUUUUUUAGCCAUACCAACAGGUCGACUACUUGACGCAGCUUCAAUGUAUACUUCAGAAACUUGGCUUGACGAAUAUAACGAAGUGCAAGCUAAAGCCAAAGAAAUUAGGUCACUUUUGAAUAAACGAGAAACUCAUAUUGCACAUAAUGAAGUACAAUUGUCGCAUAAUUAUAACUUACAAGCAAAGAAAAAUUUGACGUUACUUGGAACGCGUGUAACUCAACUUGAAACAGGUCUUAAAGGACUUGCGGAAGGAAGUGGAAAAGAUGGAAAAAUUAUGUCAGCAGGGGAGUUGAGAAGAAGACAAGAUAUGUUAACAGAAAUUAAAGAAGAAAAAGAUACUUUGACAAAACUUGUAUUGGCAACAAGAACUGACAUUAGUAAAGCUGCUACGCCAGCAAGUUCAAUGGAUCGAGCAGCUCUAUUCAAACAACCUGUUAGACCAUCAAUGAAUAAAGGAAUUGUUGGAAACGUAUUUGGUAAUAGUCGAGCUACUAUGCCAGCAGAAACUGAACAAACUCGUGGAUUGGAUAAUGAGGGAUUAAUUAAUUUACAAAAACAAACUAUGGAAGAUCAGGACAGUCAUGUUGAACAGUUUAGCGCUAUAUUAAGUAGACAUAAACAUAUUGGUUUGGCUAUUGGACAAGAAUUAGAUUAUCAAAAUCAAUUGUUGAAUGAAUUGGAUGGAGAUCUAGAUAGAACUGCUGAUAAAUUAAGGUUCACCACAAGAAAGAUGAAUUCAAUUAAAUAA